AGGAUGACUAGCCCUCAACUGCGGCCAGCUGGGCUUGGACAGUUCCUCCUGAUGUGGCUGCUGCUGUCCCCGAUGACUGUGUUCAUGGUUGAGGCUAGGAGAUCCAGGACUUCACUGCCCUGCCCCGCAGCCUGCGAGCCUACGCGCUGCCCUCCGCUGCCCACCUGUCCCGCAGGGCUGCCACCAGUGCUGGACCGCUGCCGCUGCUGCCGCAUCUGCGCCGCCGCCGAGGGGGAGGUCUGCGGCGGGGCGUACGGUCGGCCGUGCGCUGCCGGGCUGCAAUGCCUCCCCCCGUUUAGCCCGGGGCCCCUCGGCGGCGAGUGGCUCGGUACUUGCGGCUGCCCGGCGGCGGGAGAGGCUGUGUGUGGCAGUGACGGGCGCACCUAUCCCAGCCUGUGCGCGCUCCGCGCCGAGAACCGCGCUGCGCGCCUUCGCGGGGCGCUUUCGGCCGUGCCGGUGCAGAAGGGAGACUGCGCAGACCCAGGGAUCAGAAGGGCAGGCCGGCUCCGGAGCAAGUACAACUUUAUCGCCAGUGUGGUGGAGAAGGUGGCGCCAUCUGUGGUUCACUUGCAGCUGUACCGCAGGUCACCUCUCAGCGACAAGGAUAUCCCUGCCUCCAGUGGCUCUGGGUUCAUAGUGUCUGAGGAUGGGCUCAUUGUUACUAAUGCCCAUGUCCUUACUAACUGGCAGCGGAUCCAGGUGGAGCUCCAGAAUGGGGCCCAGUAUGAAGCCACUGUCAAGGAUAUUGACCAUAAAUUGGACCUUGCACUGAUUAAGAUUGAGCCAAAUACCGACCUCCCCGUACUGCUGCUGGGAAGAUCUUCUGACCUUCGGGCUGGAGAAUUCGUGGUGGCCUUGGGCAGCCCAUUUUCUCUGCAGAACACAGUGACAGCAGGAAUUGUUAGCACCACACAGAGAGGGGGGAAGGAGCUGGGUCUGAAGAAUUCAGACAUGGAUUACAUCCAGACUGAUGCCAUUAUUAAUCAUGGGAACUCUGGGGGGCCGCUGGUGAACUUGGAUGGUGAUGUGAUUGGCAUAAAUACAUUGAAGGUGACUGCAGGAAUCUCUUUUGCAAUUCCCUCAGAUAGAAUUCGACAGUUCUUGGCGGAUUCCCAUGAACGCCAGUUGAAAGGAAAAGGUUUUUCACAGAAGAAAUACCUGGGUCUGAGAAUGUUGCCUCUCUCUUUGAACCUUCUGCAAGAAAUGAAAAGGCAGGAUCCAGAUUUCCCUGAUGUGAGUUCAGGGGUUUUUGUGUAUGAAGUAAUCCAAGGAACAGCUGCUGAAAGCUCUGGGUUGAGAGACCGAGAUGUAAUUAUCAGCAUCAACGGGCAACCUGUUACCACCACAACUGAUGUUAUUGAAGCUGUGAAGGACAGUGAUUCUCUUUCCAUCAUGGUUCGUCGAGGAAGUCAAACUUUGAUCCUGACAGUCAUACCUGAAAUAAUCAAUUAA